GGCGGGGCGGCCGCUCCCGGCUGCCAUUUCAUCGCGCCGCCGCUCGGUCCCUCCAUUUUCUCUCCGGCUGCCGGCGGUGCGGGCCCCGUCCCGCGCCCGCCGCCCCCCAUGUAGCCCCGCGGCAGCCCCCCCGCCCACGCCCAGCCGCGGGGCCGCCUCCCGGCAUGAGGAGCUGCAAGAUGGUGCGGGUGGCCAGCGUGCUGGGGCUGGUGAUGCUCAGCAUCGCGCUGCUCAUCCUCUCCCUCAUCAGCUACGUCUCGCUCAAGAAGGACAACAUCUUCGGCGCGCCCCGCGCCGCCGGCCCGGGGGGGCCCCGCAUGUACAUGUUCCACGCGGGAUUCAGGUCGCAGUUCGCACUGAAGUUCCUAGACCCCUCAUUUGUGCCUAUCACGAACUCCCUGAGCCACGAGCUGCAGGACAAGCCCUCCAAGUGGGCCUUCAACCGCAGCGCCUUCGCACACCAGAGGCAAGAAAUCCUGCAGCACGUCGACGUAAUAAAAAACUUUUCUUUGACCAAGAACAGUGUUCGGAUCGGACAGCUGAUGCAUUACGAUUAUUCCAGCCAUAAGUAUGUGUUCUCCAUCAGCAAUAACUUCAGAUCGCUGCUUCCCGAUGUGUCGCCCAUCCUGAACAAGCAUUACAACAUCUGUGCCGUGGUGGGAAAUAGUGGGAUCCUGACCGGGAGUCAGUGCGGGCAAGAAAUAGAUAAAUCCGAUUUUGUUUUUCGCUGCAAUUUUGCUCCAACUGAGGCUUUCCAGAAAGAUGUUGGAAGGAAAACUAAUCUGACGACCUUCAACCCCAGCAUCCUGGAAAAGUACUACAACAAUCUUUUGACCAUUCAGGAUCGCAACAACUUCUUUUUAAGCCUGAAAAAGCUGGAUGGGGCCAUUCUUUGGAUCCCAGCUUUUUUCUUCCACACGUCGGCAACGGUCACGAGAACACUGGUUGACUUCUUUGUUGAGCACAGAGGGCAGCUAAAGGUCCAGUUGGCUUGGCCAGGAAAUAUCAUGCAGUAUGUGAACAGAUACUGGAAGAACAAGCACUUGUCGCCCAAGCGGCUGAGCACAGGUAUUCUCAUGUACACCCUUGCCUCUGCCAUCUGCGAGGAGAUCCACCUGUACGGGUUCUGGCCCUUCGGCUUCGACCCCAACACGCGGGAGGACCUCCCGUACCACUACUACGACAAGAAGGGAACCAAGUUCACGACCAAGUGGCAGGAGUCCCACCAGCUGCCUGCGGAGUUCCAGCUGCUCUACAGGAUGCACGGUGAAGGACUGGCCAAACUCACCUUGUCGCAUUGUGCCUGAGAACCUACAAGUGCCAAAUGGUUAUCUAAAAAGUGCCCAAAACCCAAUUAAACAUUCUUCAGAUAGAAUUAUAAAAAAACAAACAACCCACACACCACACCCUAAAACGUUUGCCAUAAUAUAAAGAUGCUUUUUAGUCACGCUUGUCACUGCUCAUCAAAGGAUCUAAGGAUGUUUAGCAGUGCAGAAGCAUUUUUCAAAUUCUGUGGAUGCUAUUCAUGCAGCAGCGAAGUUGAAAUAUUUUGCAUUUAUAGAUAUGCCACUAAGUAUGUUUUAAGGUACUUUAGUAUUUUAGCAUUCCACUAAAUGCCCUGAGUCUCUUAAUUUUAUUGUUCCUUCCUGAUUAGAACUAGAAACGCUAACUUUAAAAGGUUUGCUUCUUUUGUAUAUGUUGCUGUCGAUAGCUGAGCAUACAUAUAUCGCUGUGGCUGAUGGAGAAGGCCACUCUGAAUUCCAGUUCACCAUCACUGCCGAGUUCUUCGAUGUGGAUCCUAACUUCCACUGCUUGCAUAUUUUCAUAUUCACUGAGUUUUAUGUUUUCUAAAGGAUAAUGUGAAGGUCACAAUAUGGCUCGUACCUUAGCUAGGGGGUUAUGCUGCUCUCAGAAUACUUCAGCAUUUCAGUUCAAUUUGGGCCACAUCCCAGUCCAGAUCAGACAGGCUGGAACAAGUGCCCACGCACCCGAUGCUCUUCGGUCUUUUGAUCUGAGAGUUAAACCACCGCGCUCAGCGGAAUUAGGAUUCUCUGCGGGGGUGUUGGGUGAGCAGAGCGCCGAACCCCGGCGUGGGCGGCCCUGCUCCCCGCACCCCCGGUGAUGGGGGCUCCUCUGGGGGACGGUGCCCCGAGUGGGAGCGCGGGGCUCCCGCCCGCCCCUCCGCACGCCCCGCUCCGUCCUGCGCGGGCAGGGACCCCACGCGCUGGGGGGUUUAAGUGCUUUUUGAAGGGAAGUGAGUGCCAGGAAGAGGAAAUACUGUCACCAGAUUUCCCCGUUCGCAUCUCUAAGUCCGCAGUCAGACAACUAAAUUAGUGGCCCUGCUUUCCGGCCACCAACAGCCACCCAAGGUGGCCAAGGGAAGACACAGCUUCCUCGGCACCGCUGGACAUCAGGCUGUCCGCAGAGAGGACAAACCCCAGGGUCGCUGAGGUGUGAGACGUUGGCCGUUGUGUCUCAGGAGAAAGGAGCCUGUACAAUAGCUGGGUUUCUUAUCGCAAGUACGCUUACAAGUAUUUUAACGUUUUUCUACUAUUCUGUAUGGCUCUGAGAACUGAUCACGCACUGAAAGAAGAUGCAAAAUCCCAUUUAAAAUCAUACUUCUAAAUGGCACAUUUUAAUUUUUCCCGGCCUCUUCACCUACGGGCAGACGUAGGAGGUGAGGAAGGAGAUCUGGAGCACAACCCCCAACCUGAGCAGCCCGGAGCAUCUCCUGGUGCCACCACGGCUCUGCCGCAGCCGAGUUCCCCUCUGCCUGCGCCCCGGGGAGGUGCAGCCGGCGGCUUCCUUCCCUGUUUUCAUUAUCCCACGUUUCCUGGCUUUUGCUUUUUCAAAGGCUGCGGGGGCCGGGCUCUGCAGAGGGGUCGGGGUCUCCUGCACCGUGUCCCCUGCGCCCAUCGCCGCCGCAGCAGAGCGCGGCCUCUCACAGCUGCUUCUGGAGGCGUAGUCGUGCAGUGCUGGUGGUGUAUGUUGCCAUAUGGUGCCAUAUGAGUUGUUCUCGAUAUUACCGUGUAUUCUCCGUGUCGUGGUCGCGCGCGGUUUGGCUGUGCUGGCGCAGAGCGCGCAGGGUGCAAGGACAGGCUGUCCCCAUCGCGUCCCCAGCCCCGCGGACCCUCUUGGUGAGCGCUGCGGGGUGGCAGCUGCCGUGUGUCCAAGCGGGCAGAGGGGCUGGGGGGACCCCGGCGCUCUGCAGCCCCCUCCCACCCCAAGAGGGACAGGACCCUGCUCUAUGGACAGCCUGGCAGCACAGCUGGAACAGCUGGAACUUUCCAGAGGCACAGAGAGAUGCACAGGGCGGAGAAGGAAGCACAGAAACUACCGCAAAUAUUCGGAAGUGGGAAUACAGAAAAAUUAUUGACAGAGCGCCAUAUUAUAUCAUUGAUUUUUAAGCAAAACUCCCCAUCGAUUUUUCAGAACCACAUUGAACAUUUCAGAAUCAUUGAUUUUAAUGGGGAGUUCUGCCCCAAAAAUCAAUGGCGCAAUACAGCCCAAAGUAAAUUGCUUCUUAGUAUCAAUAUUUUUUGUCCGAGCUCUUGCAAUGUGAAAAACCGUCUUAAAAUGUGCAUCUUGUGGUUUUGCCUGUUUCCUGAGAUGCUCUUUGAGUCGUGCUGUUGCGGGGGGCCGGGCAGGCUGUGCGGGCCGGGGGACACGCCGCAGCGGGGCUGUGCCCACGGGCAGGGACGGAGCCCCGCAGCCCGCUCGGCCCGCGCUCCUCCCGGAGCCAAAGCCCCGUUUCUGGGCUGGGUUCUGGGAGGACCUGCCGUUAGGACGCUGUGCAUCGCAGAGCGGCAAACGGGGUCCCCGCUCAGGACUGUGAGUGGCCCCAUUCUGCAUCGCCUUGGCGAGGCUCUCCCUUCCCUCCCGUUUGGCCCCAAAUCAUCCUGCCUCUGUCGACCUAAACAAAUUCCUGAUGGCGCAGGGAAAAUACUGUCAUUACUGAAUGUCUAGACAAGCAAAUAUGGCUAAAUGAGAGUACGCGUAAUGCGAGGUGGUCGAUAUUUGUAAGUACAAAACAUUUGCGUUUACAAAAGCGAGAGGAGUGCUCCUGGCUGGCUCCAGGGCAGGGUCCGGCUGGGCGCAGACCCCGCUCCCCCGGGACCGCGUCCCCAAAUGGGGCUGGGGACCUGCGGAGGGACCGCGCCGGGCGCCGGGGGCUGCGGCCGGGGCCGCUGUGAGCAGGGGUGUACAUAAGAGUGGAAAUGCCUGUGUUACCUUCUCUUCUUUGGUACAUCUUGGGUUCGUAUUUGCGUUGCUUGCAUCUUUCCAGUGAAUGGUAGCGAGAUACAUUAAAACAAAGUCAUUUUGGCUACCGGUUUUAGUUGUGGAGUAUACCAAAAAGCAAGCGUUUGUGAAAUAUAACUAACUGUGAAUGCAGGUUGCAAAAACUGAUUGUUGAGAAAAAAAAACAGGUUUUCUGUAAAUGAAUGUGUCUUUAUUCUAAUGGCUAUACAGUUCAAUGCCUGAUGGAGUUGUUUUCAAUAAAAAAGAUAAAUAUUAAAAAAAAGAAAAAGAAAAAAAAAUGCCAUAACUGUAAUAAAGGAUUCAUUAUUUAAUGGCCAUACUUCAAGCAUUAUUUAUUUUUAAGUGGCUAAUGUCCAUAAAGGGCCAGGGCACGGUCUCAGGUGGACAGCAAAGCCGCACACGGUGCAAAGCACGUUGCGAGCAAACUGGGGGUUCAGCCGUGUCCCCCACACCGGGCCCGCAGGGUGACGUUUGGUCCCAGCCCGCCUGCCCACGGGUGCGUGGCAGCUGGUGACAGAGCCCUGGCUCCCUGGUGACCGAGUGCCGCAUCCCCGUCCCGAGCACUGGCUGCGCGGAGCAGCGCGGCGGGUCGUUCAGGAUCUCAGCAAUGUGACUCUUUGGUGUGAAUGUGCCUGCAACAUUGACUCAUGUGCCAAAACACAAUAUUGAAUGCAUUGUUUUUAAAUAAAAUGUUUUAUUGUGCAUUGAAAGUCUGUAAAA